AGAGUGUUCACGUAUGAGCUUUCUCCUAAUGUCACCAUGGUUUUGAGACGCCUCGCUCUGCUUUCUCCUCCACGCGUCUCUCUCUCUUGUUCCCAUUUCAAGUUUUCAUUUCCUCUUCUGACAAUGAGAUCAAAGUUAUAGCCUUUUUUUUUCCUUCUUCUUCUUUCUCAUUGUUAUUAUCAUUUUUUUUUGUGGGGUUAAAAAAAAAAUAGAAAAGAAAAUACAGAAAGAAAGGGAGAUAUUGUUGGAAAAACGCAAACAGGUGUUGCUAUUUUUGUGUUUCCUGAGUUGGGUUUGUGAGAUCAGACCCCAAAAAUGGCACCUUUAUUCAAUUGGUGGGGGAAAGAGAGUCACAGAGGAACCCCUGUGGUUGUGAAGAUGGAGAACCCAAACUGGUCCAUGGUUGAGCUUGAGGGUCUCACUGAGGAAGAAGAUUUCAUCAUUGCAGACUCAUCUUCAGGUCUUCCCAGAGACAAAGGAAGAGGAAAAAACGCAAAGCAACUUACUUGGGUUCUUCUCCUCAAAGCUCACAGAGCCGCAGGUUGUUUGGCUUCCGUUGCCCCUGCAUUGUUGGGGCUAGUCUCCGCCGUGAAACGCCGCGUAGCUUCUGGAAGAACGGACGCUGACAACGACGGUGCUGUCGGUGGAUGGGAGAAGGAGAACCCCACCGUGAAGACUAGGUUCUAUUCGUUUAUCAAAGUGUUUUUGUGGUUGUCGGUGCUCUUGUUGUGUUUUGAGGUUGCUGCGUACUUUCAAGGUUGGCAUUUUGGUGUUCCAAGUCUUCAGUUAGAGUCUUUGUGGGCAUCAUCGUUUGGAGUCAAAAGUGUUUUCGAUUGGCUUUAUUCGAAGUGGGUUUUGAUUCGCGUGGAGUAUCUUGCUCCCCCUCUUCAGUUCCUCGCCAAUGCGUGUAUUGUGUUGUUCAUUAUUCAGAGUUUAGAUAGGUUGGUCCUAUGUUUCGGUUGUUUUUGGAUCCGGUUUAAGAAAAUCAAACCUGUUCCUAAAGUUGGUGAUGUGGAUCUUGAGUCUCUGGAGAAAGGUUUUUUUCCUAUGGUGCUAGUUCAGAUCCCCAUGUGCAAUGAGAAAGAGGUUUAUCAGCAAUCAAUUGGUGCUGUUUGUAAUUUGGAUUGGCCAAAAUCCAAGUUGCUAAUUCAAGUUCUGGAUGAUUCGGAUGACCCAACAACCUCGUCGUUGAUCGAUGAAGAGGUUCAGAAAUGGCAACAAGAGGGUGCCAACAUUGUCUAUAGGCAUAGGGUAAUUAGAGAAGGGUAUAAGGCUGGUAAUUUGAAAUCUGCCAUGAAUUGUAGCUAUGUCAAAGACUACGAGUUCGUUGCAAUUUUUGACGCUGAUUUUCAGCCUACCCCAGAUUUCCUUAAAAGAACGGUUCCUCAUUUUAAGGAUAACGACGAAUUAGGGCUUGUUCAAGCAAGAUGGUCCUUUGUGAACAAGGAUGAGAACCUACUAACAAGGUUACAGAACAUUAAUUUGGCAUUCCAUUUUGAGGUGGAACAGCAAGUGAAUGGUAUUUUCAUUAAUUUCUUUGGGUUCAAUGGAACUGCUGGAGUGUGGAGAAUAAAAGCCUUGGAAGAUGCUGGUGGUUGGUUAGAGAGGACCACUGUGGAGGACAUGGAUAUAGCUGUUAGAGCUCAUCUUCAUGGCUGGAAAUUUAUUUUCCUCAAUGAUGUUGAGUGCCAGUGUGAGCUACCAGAAUCUUACGAAGCUUAUAGGAAACAACAGCAUAGAUGGCACUCUGGUCCAAUGCAAUUGUUCCGCCUUUGUUUGCCUGACAUCAUACGCUCCAAGAUAAGCAUAUGGAAAAAAUUCAAUAUGAUAUUUCUCUUCUUUCUUCUUAGAAAAUUGAUAUUACCGUUCUAUUCAUUUACCCUAUUCUGUAUAAUUCUGCCUAUGACAAUGUUCGUACCCGAGGCUGAGCUUCCUGUUUGGGUUGUUUGUUUUAUCCCUGCCACCAUGUCAUUUCUUAACAUACUACCUGCUCCAAAAUCCUUCCCUUUUAUCGUUCCUUACCUUCUUUUUGAGAAUACCAUGUCAGUUACCAAAUUCAAUGCCAUGAUCUCUGGUCUAUUCCAGCUUGGUAGUGCUUAUGAGUGGGUUGUUACUAAGAAAUCGGGUCGUUCCUCUGAGGGGGAUCUUGUUUCCUUGAUUGAGAAAGGACCAAAGCAUCAAAGAGGGGUGUCAGUGCCUAAUCUUGAGGAAAUGAAAGAAGAAAUACAACAACAGGAGAAAAAGGCAUCAAAGAAGAAGAAGCAUAAUAGAAUAUAUAUGAAGGAGCUUGCUUUGGCCUUUCUACUUCUAACAGCUUCAGCAAGGAGUUUACUAUCUGCUCAGGGAAUCCACUUCUACUUCUUGUUAUUCCAAGGCAUAUCAUUCCUUUUAGUUGGUCUAGACUUGAUUGGUGAACAGGUUGAUUGAAUCUGAAAGAAAAAAAACAGAAAAAGAAAAGGGAUAGGAAUCUAUAGAGAUAUAUGCACGAAUUAUGUACACAGAAAACAAGGGUGGACAAGUUGGGUCCUGUGAAUAACUGAAGAUAGUCAUGGAGACACUGCAGAGGGAAGACACUUUUUUUUUUUUUUUUUCUCAUGCUCAGCCUUCCACGCUCCUUAUCCAACUAUGGCUAAUACGAGACCCCAUUGUGGAAUUAUGGAUAGAAAGAAAAGAAGAUUUCAAUUUGGAAAAUGGGUCAUUAGAAGCCGAUUAUGGCUCUUCAAUGUGUAAAAGUUUACCAUUUUUUUUCUUUUUGUUCUUUUUCAUUUUGUAAUUGUAUGUCGAUUCUUUUCUUGUUGGAUUAAUUC